AUGUGGCGGUCUCUGGAGAAAGAGAGCAAUGAGGUGUAUGCAGGAGAGGCCCUUGAGCAUGCAAAGCUGGUCCCUGCUGAUCUGACAGUUCUUCAUCCUGAAUAUGUCCAAGCAAAAAAAUCAAACCUGAACUAUGAGAUGGCCAAGAUACAUUGGUCCUUUGCACUGGAAAUUGGUGUUGAAGGAGAGGGUACACCAUCAAUACACAAUGCUGCAGUAAAAGCAACGACCAAAGGAGCAAGCAAGGCUGGACAAACCGAACUCGCAAUGGAAACAGUGAAGCUCUUUGAUUGCUCUACUAUCAGUCGAAUGAUCAAAGAAAGUAUGUCAUGGUGGUCUUUGUUGCAGUGCUUUGUCCCCCUGUCAUGCAGGAAGUCCUCCUACACCUUCACAUCUGGGGUUACAAUGGAACCCUAUUCUCCACAGCGCCAUCAUGAGUACCAACAAAAGGGAAUGGAGAUAGUGGGACAAGUCAACACUGCAAGAGAGCAGCAAGACACCACUUUGGUCCACCUGAACCAAAUCAACCAGGAGAUAGAGACUUUGGUGUCAACGAAAAUGGACUUGGAAGCAAGGUGCUCUGGGUUGGACCUAGAAGAAGAAUGGCUGGAUGAGAAUGAAGGGUUCAUCCAUGAGAGAGCCUUCAUGGAUCCCAUGAAUUUUCAUGAAACAUCAUAA